GUGUGGACAAGCUUUCUCUUGGCCCCAAGUCGCACAACGUACAGCUUACAAGACAAUUAAUAGCACAUACGGUUCCGGCCCUACGGCCCUAACCUUCCGAAGAUAAUUGUGAUAUGUCAGCAGGCAAUGCCAUUCCAUUAUGUGGAAAACCCCAAGAAUCCCGCACGGGAUCCGUCAGGCAAUGUACAGAACCCUCAGCGCUUGCAAACGCGGAAACCAGAAGGCAGCAUUCGAUGAUUCGACUCGAGGUUCCAAGAACGCAGCAACUACCGAUGGCUCAUUGGGACUCAUGAGAAGGUAACAAAAUGCAGGCAAGUGUUGCGGGAAUCCCCGAUCCAUUCCUCCAAGGGUACUUCUCCAGUCUGACGGCUACAAGGCACCAUGGCAAUGACGACAAAUGACAACAUUGAUCUUGCUUCGAAACGCGAUACACAUCUUUCCUCACUGAUUCAAUUCUAGCCUUGAUAUUUAGCUAUGAAUUUGACCUCUUUUUUGAGUUUGUCAUCCUUCUAGACUGUUUCUUCGUCGUCAGCUUUCCACAGUGUUCUGCUGAAAGGGUCGAUAUGUCGGAAGUCGCCUUCAAAAUACCAUGAUGCACAUCAACGUUCCUCUCCAUUUCCAUUUUUGAGUAGUUUGGCGCGGUUCCUCAUCACCAAAGGCAGCUGCGGCGGUAAUUCUGUCAUAACAAGCUCAGCGUCUAGCUGCUGUGUUCAGAAGGGGGAGAAGAGGCUGAGGAGCUACCUAGAGUGGAUUUUUUUAGGGUGGUCUGAAAUAGCCUAACGAUUGCGCCGGUUAUCUCCAUCGCAGCUAUUAUGUCACUGACAUCUUUGCCUGCUAGAUGUUGACAGAGGUGUUCCUGUUGCUGAAUUGGUGUUUCCGCUUGUUCGGCCUUCUGCGAAGUUCGCUCAUAACGGAGGUCUCCAGUUUUGUGACCAGGAAUUGGCAGCUGAGUUUCAGAAGCUUUGUAGAAUGUUGACCGUUCAUUCCCCGCAUGUCGAGAGGGGGAACAUUAUUGUGGGUAGAUCUGCCCUCAUGAACACUCCCCAGACUUUAUGAAUCAUACGUUUGACAAAAUGACAGAAGACGCUAUUUAUUAAUCAUCUAUGUCAUCUGAGUUUGGCAACCUGAAUGUUUACAGGAAACUUGCUUAACCAGAAUUGAUAGCAAGUGAGAACAGCUGAUUCUAUACAAUUGACCGACUAGUUUAUGGAAAGACAGAAGAAGAGGAACUUCAGCGGAGUUAGUAUGCCCCUUGACAGUCCUUCCCCUCUCGGCUGAAAAGAAUCAAUUACAAAUUACAUAGCUGAGAAUACGCUCAAAAUCACGCUGCAAUGCAGUUGAGCAAAUAGUAGUAAGUUGAGCUGGUGCUGCUUCAGGGGAGCUAAACAUGUUGAGACUCCAUCAGGAGAAAUGAAGCUGAACAAUGCAUUCCUUUUAGGCGCUCACAAGUGAGUACAACAAUAUUCAACAUGGACCUCCAAAUGGGUAUAAGUAUCUUGAACAUUGCCUCCAAUUUCUCUCCACCAACAACAGCAACUUUCUUCUACUUCAUCUUUCACAAAGCUAUAACUUCUAUCAUCUCUCGCUAUGGCUCCCUUCUUUAUGAAGCUUGCUACAUUGGCAGGCAUUGUCGUAUUUGCCUUUGCAGCAGACGACACAUACUACAACCCCAAGAUCGAAAACCCUACUGCAUCAGACGAACUUUAUGUCCCUAACAGGUGGUCCGUUGUUUUCUACGAUGGAAAUGUCACCUCCACCAUGGCACAGCGCCACUAUGACGAAACUUCGGACAAAUAUGACGGGCAGUGUACUCUGACUGGACUCUUCAACAUCAACAAUUUCCAGGGCUACACCCUUACCGCUGACGUCUCGGUUGUCAACGAGAUCGCUUCCUCCAACCUGGUAAGCAGAUGCUAUCUAUGGCCGGCAUUCACCGAUUGACUGGUUGUUAGAUCUCCUAUAUCUCGAGAAGUGCUGUCGCCUAUACAAGUGCAAUCAUCACCCAAGAAGGUUCCACAUACGGUCUCGCCCGUCUAUCUCGCAGGGAGGCUCCUGCGACGACCCGGUACUUCUACGAUGAGAGUGCUGGUGCUGGUAGUACUGUCUACGUUCUCGACACUGGUGUCACCGUUGAGGCUCCCGAGUUUGAGACCCGCGCCACCUGGGGCCAAAAUUUCAUCCCUGGUGAAGGCGUAAGUACCGGUAUACCGUUGCGGUGCCCAGUUACCUAUACGGUUCCCUAAGUACGUAAACGCUCAAUACUAACGCAAGCUAGUUGGACGACGGCAACGGACAUGGAACUCAUGUUGCUGGCACUGUUGCCAGCAAGACCUGGGGGGUUGCGAAAAAAGCCAAUAUCAUCGCUGUGAAGGUUUUGCCCGCGGGUGGCCGUGGAGGCGGGUACACUGUCGAUGCGCUCAGUUGGGUCAUCAAUGAUGUUCAAAGAAAUGGGCGGCAGAACGUUGUGAUCAACUACUCUGUGGGUGGACCAUAUGAUCGUGCCGAGCAGGAGAUGUGGAACGCGGCAAUCGGGGCCGGUAUCACGUGUGUCACUGCUGCUGGUAAUGGUCUCCUGGGAGUUGGAGUCGGUCUUGAUCUCAGCGUCCGCCGAAACGACACCGCUUGGCCAGCACAGAAUACCAGACUCAUCACCGUGGGAAGCAUCGACAUCAACAACGAACGCGCUUCUUCCUCUAACUUUGGCUCACCCGUCGAUGUGUGGGCCCCAGGUGUAGGCGUUAUCUCUGUGAGAAACGUUGCCACCAACGCUACCCAAAGCCUCACUGGAACCAGCAUGUCUUCUCCUCAUAUUGCCGGUCUUGCCGCCUACCUCCUUGUCCUGGAGAAGCUUCCGAACCCAGAGGCCGUCCGCCAGCGCAUCGUCGACCUCGCCACCACCGGCGAAGUUCGCAACCGUGGCAAUAAUUCCCCAGACCUCAUUGGCUUCAACAAUUUCGACGGAGUCAGGACCACCACCAGCACCUCGAGCACCAGUACCACCACCACCACCAGGAGCACCAGUACUAGCUUCACCACCACCACGAGCUCUGUCGUGACUUCCGAUCCCGUCAAGCCUACUUCAGCGCCCUACAAGCCGGCGCCAACACCUUACAAGCCCAAGGGCAAGGGCAAGAAGCCAAUCGGAGGUCACGCACGUCUGUAAGACAUUCAAUGUAAUGGCAUCGCCAGGAAUAAAAGUACUUGUCUAUUGAGAUUAGGGAUUUUAGAAUAUAGUAAUACAAGAGUUUCUCCC